AUGUUUGUGAACCACCGAAAACUUCGGAAUAUUGACUUGUGUGCUUUUUCCCAAUCUAUUUGCGCAUCGUCUAUCAUCACUGAACCUUGCUCUGACCUGGACUCGUUAGUCCAUCAAUACAAUACUGACCUAACGAAUUUUCUGGAUAUGCAUGCUCCUGCACGCCCAAGAUUCGUCACCCUCCGACCGCAUGCUCCAUGGUUUGAUGAUUCACUUCGAGAGGCUAAGGCAGAGAAAAGGAGUUAUGAAAGGAAAUAUAGAUCUUCUGGUCUUGAAAUUGAUAAACAGAUUUUUAGAGACUAUUGUAACGGCUAUUAUCGACGUCUGAACGAUGCAAAAACAUCAUACCAUCGAAAUCGUUUUAGUAAUGUUGACCAGCGGUCUCUUUUUCGUGAAGUAGAAAAGAUGACCAGUGGAAAAAGGACAAACAUUUUUCCCUCUUCUCUGGUUGACCCAGCCGAUCAAUUCUUAACUUACUUUAAUGAUAAGAUUCGCAAUCUUCACAGUAAAUUAUGCGAAACUCCUGUCUUAGAACCAAAUAUUUAUCUCCGUCCAUGCACAUGCAGCUCAAGUUUUUCAUCUUUCUUGCCUGUAACAGAGACCUACAUUAAGCAGAUUGUUUUGAAAUCUCCUACAAAGUUUUGUGAAUUAGAUCCAAUCCAAACUGUGGUUCUGAAACAAUGUCUUCAUGUGGUCUUAACACCUAUUACGAAUAUUGUUAAUUUAUCUUUGGGCGGUGGUUCCAUGCCAGAUGCUUUGAAAGUUUCCCAACUUGCACCUGUCCUAAAGAAAAUAUCGAUGGAUCCUGAAGAUAUGAGUAGUUUUCGUCCAAUCUCAAAUUUACAGUUUAUCUCGAAGACGAUCGAACGAGUCGCAUCUCCCCAACUUAUCGAUUAUCUAAUGGAAAAUAAAAUAUAUCCAAAUCUCCAAUCUGCGUUCAGAAAGGGAUAUAGUACUGAAACAGCUCUUUUACGUGUUCAAAACGAUCUCUUAGAGGCACUUGAUUCUGGCCAUCAAGCUCUUCUAGUAAUGCUCGAUUUUUCUGCAGCUUUCGAUACAAUUGACCAUCAAAUUCUACUUGGCCGUCUGAAAUCUCGCUUUGGAAUUUGUGGUACAGCUCUAUCCUGGUUUCGGUCAUAUCUCACAUCUCGAACUCAGUAUGUAAAAGUAAACGGUAAAACUUCGGCAUCAACUCCGCUAUUACAAGGUGUGCCUCAGGGAUCGGUUCUCGGACCAUUGCUUUUUUCUCUUUACGUUUCUCCACCAGAAGAUAUUUUUACUGCCCAUGACAUUGAUGCUAUGAUCUAUGCUGAUGAUACUCAACUUUACAUUAUCCUAAAGAAACACGAUUCUGACACUGCCAUUCAGCGUCUUGAACAUUGUCUUCAUGAUAUUCAGGCUUGGUGCCUUCAAAACAAACUGGUUUUAAACGAUGGAAAAACUGAAGCUAUUUAUCUACAUUCUGCAUAUGCUAAAUCAUAUCCAGCUCCUCCCAGCGUCUAUAUUGGUGAUAGCUUAAUCAAGAUCAAAACUGAGGUCCGUGACCUUGGCGCCAUUGUGGACGAAAAUCUCUCUGAAGAGUCAUGUAAAUUCAAUCUGUAA